CGCCUCGGUAAUUGUCAUGGCCGGCGGGCCACGUGACUCCGGCUCGGCCCCCGCCCGGUGUCUUAUCGCUCGGGCUCUGUAGUCUCUGUCCUCCGGCUCCCUCCUCUAGUCACUGCGGACGCCGACACUGCCUUUCUUCUUUCGAGAGGACUGCCGUACAGACUCUGAGGAUCCCGGUUUUUUACAUUUCUUUUUUAUCUAUAGAAAACAUCUGGAGAAAAUGACCCAUUGGUUUCAUAGGAACCCAUUAAAAGCCACAGCUCCGGUGUCUUUUAACUACUAUGGUGUAGCCAGUGGCCCUUCUGCUUCUAAAAUUUGCAAUGAGUUGAGAUCAUCCAGGGCACGACUUCUUGAACUGUUCACUGAUUUGAGCUGUAAUCCAGAAACGAUGAAGAAUGCUGCAGAUUCAUAUUUUUCACUUUUACAAGGUUUCAUAAAUUCAUUGGAUGAAUCCACCCAAGAAAGCAAAUUACGUUAUAUUCAAAAUUUCAAGUGGACUGAUACAUUACAAGGACAGGUUCCAAGUGCCCAACAAGAUGCUGUUUUUGAAUUAAUUUCCAUGGGAUUUAAUGUAGCUUUAUGGUAUACCAAGUAUGCAUCAAGACUUGCUGGAAAAGAAAACAUAACAGAAGAUGAAGCAAAAGAAGUUCAUCGAAGCUUAAAAAUUGCAGCUGGGAUUUUUAAACAUUUAAAGGAAAGUCAUAUCCCCAAACUCAUUACACCUGCAGAGAAAGGAAGAGAUUUAGAGGCACGGCUCAUAGAUGCUUAUAUUAUCCAAUGUCAGGCUGAAGCUCAAGAAGUAACAAUUGCUCGAGCAAUUGAAUUAAAACAUGCUCCUGGACUGAUUGCUGCACUGGCGUAUGAAACAGCUAAUUUCUACCAGAAAGCUGAUCAUACUUUAUCCAGUUUGGAGCCUGCUUAUUCUGCUAAAUGGAGAAAAUAUCUUCACUUGAAAAUGUGUUUCUACACAGCUUACGCUUACUGUUAUCAUGGUCAGACUUUGUUGGCUAGUGAUAAAUGUGGUGAAGCAAUCAGGUCUCUUCAAGAAGCAGAAAAAUUUUAUACUAAGGCAGAAGCACUAUGCAAAGACUAUGGAGAAACCAAAGGACCUGGACCGACAGUGAAACCUUCAGGGCAUUUGUUCUUCAGGAAACUUGGAAACCUGGUGAAGAACACUCUAGAAAAAUGUCAGAGAGAAAAUGGGUUUAUUUACUUUCAAAAAAUUCCAACAGAAGCCCCACAGCUGGAACUAAAAGCAAAUUAUGGUCUCGUAGAGCCUGUGCCUUUUGAAUUUCCUCCUACAAAUGCUUACUGGACACCAGAAGCGCUGGCUGCGUUUGAUCUCACCAAGAGACCCAAGGAUGACUCGACCAAAGCCAAACCAGAAGAAGAUGUGAAACCUGUGAAAGAACCAGAUAUCAAACCUCAAAAGGAUACUGGAUGCUACAUCUCCUGAAACGCUUAGAAGUGCUCUGCUGGUAGAUAGGAAGAAUCAUGGAACUUCAGUUCAUAUUUCUUAAAAUGAUUUAUCUGACACCUAGAGAAUAAUUAUUACAUUCAGAGGAAUUAUGCCUUCAGUUUAUUUGUUCUUGAUUUUUAAUCCAGUGGAGAUGUUUCAUGCUCUGUUUCCUUGCAUACCUUUUUAAUCAGGACAACAUUGAAAGAUUUUACUGUGCCUAUAAUGGAUGUAUUUGGAGGUUGGGUUAUUCCCCCUCCACCAACUGGAUAGUAGCAAGUUUCAGGUUAAUACACUGUAGGCCCCAGUCAUGUGAUUUCAUUUUCUGUCUCCACAGUUCUAUUUUCCUUCUUCUUUCUUAAAGCCAGAAGGAUGAAAGGAAUAAGUUUUUUAACAGACCGUGUUUAUUUCCCUGACAUUGUAGUAAUUGCGACCUAUGCAUGUUACGUCUGAGUCAUUUAUCUUUCCUGGUGGGGAAAAAGUCACUCAAGAUCGCAAAACCUCCAUACCAAAUCCCUUAGGAAUAUUAGAAUCUGUAACUUACUCAAAUGCCAGUGUUUAUAGGUUUGUUGAGACCUUGAAGGACUUUUCCCUAUUAUAGUAAUCUCGUUCUUCAUUUAGUCUCCAUAACCCUACAGCAAUUUUUACAAGUACCUUUUCUAAUGGUUUUUUUACGUAGAGGACAGAACUUUGUAAUGGCUCUUAAUGUUUCUAUAAAAAGAAGAUAGUAAGAACGGAAAAUGUUUUUGAAGAAAUCAAAUAUUGCAUGGUGUAAAGAAAAAAGUUUAAACUUAAAUGAGAAUAGGUUGUCCUGGAUUACCUGGUAACUCUCUACUUUGUUAAAGAAAUAGGAAAAUGCUUUUGUUACCUGAUUUCAGUGUACAUUGUUUUUACAUGGUUUUCUAAUAUACAUACUCUAUCAGAAUUGUGUUGCUUUAGGCCAAAGGCCAUAGUGAAAUCAUAGAGAACGAACAGAUACAGUAACUCGAUUGUAAUAUUUGAAACAGUUUAGUACAUACACAGAUUUGAGAAAUAGUGGACGCAGAGUCACAUGUCUGUAGAUUUAAUUUUUCAGUAUUCUCCUAGGGCAUUAGCUAACUUUCCUAUUAUAAAUGACAGAUUGGUUCACUUAAAUCAUCAUAAUAGUGUACACUGAGAGCUUACUAUGUACAAGGCAUGGCGCCGACCACUUAAUGAGAUAAACCAUUCAAUUCACACAGCAACCCUUUGAGAAAUAGUAAAAUUUACAUAAGGUUUGGAGUAGGAAUAUAGAUUUCAUUAUGAAGAUUAGGUUUACCUAUCUGAAUCAGUAUUGCAUUCAAAUAAAAGAUGAGUUAAACGGUAUAUUAGGGCAUAUACUCCUUUGAAGAAACUACAUAGAAUUUUUGAGGUGUUUCUGUUAAUAUGUGAAAAUGCUAAUUACUGCUUAUAGUAUAACCUUUACUAUUUGAAGCAGCGGUUUCCAAAAUCGGUAAGUUAAUAACAGACACUUAAUUUUAUUCUGGCAUCUAAGAAAAAAUACUUUAUUAAAUUUCACUGUCUUUAGUGUGACUCUUAGUACAAAAUUACUCAUCCGUUUGCUGUAUGCCAUUUUCUGACAAAACUUUAAAGAGUGCUUGAUGCCAGCACUUGUAUUCUUUGCCUGUGGGACCGAUUUAUCUUAGGUACUAGUACUGCUAACCUUGUAACUAAAUUUACACAUCGACUUUUAUGUGGAUUAUACUACCGUGUAUGAAACGGAAACGUGUAAUGUGCUCAGUGCUUCUAUAAAAUGCAGUAAACGCUGGUGUUACUGUAAAUUAAGGGUGGGCAGCAUUGCCAUGAGCAGGUAAUGAAUACUCGGUUGACUCUGCAGAGAUGACAGUGAGUAACUGAAAUAUCCCAGGAUAUGCAGUGUUUUCCGAAAUGAUGUUGGAAGGUUUGGGAAAUUAUCAAAUGUAGAGAGGUUGCAUGAAGGUUAGAGAGAGCUGUAACUAUGUGUUUGCAGGCAUUUCAUACCAGGCAGUGACAGCUAACAUAUUCUGCUACAGGUGUUGUUUGUAUAGUGAGUUAUCUUUUUAUUUAUGAAAAUAAAAUAAUUUUACUGAUGAUUUCA